AUGGCUUCAAUUUGUAAAGGUAAGAGUUCAUGGCCAGAGCUUGUUGGGACGCGAGCACAAGAUGCAGCUGCAAUAAUUGAGAGGGAAAAUUCAUUGGUUACUACUAUCAUUAUGUAUGAAACUUGCCCCGCCACCCUAGAUUUUAGGUGCGACAGGGUUCGAAUAUGGGUUGACUGCAGUGGCACCGUUAUCCGAGUACCUGUGAUUACUUAGCUCAGAAGAACACGUUCUGAAUUACAAAUAAUUAUCUAGUAUGGUGUGUAUUUGAAAUAAUUCAACACAUAGACAUUGCCGUCUACAUGUGUUGUACUAAACCUUAAAUAAGGAGCAAUCAUAAUGUUCCCACUUUGUUAAUCAUCUCUCUCUCUCCCUCUCUCUCACACACACACGCUAUUUUGCCACUGCUGGGGUCCUUGGGCUGUUUUGCAACUUCAAUUAAGUGCACCAACUUGAGAGGGUCGAACCUAUUUAUGAUAAAUGAACUCUAAUCUUGGUUAAGCACCUAAUUCCUAGGAAAAAAGAACAAAUCACUAUUUCCAAAAGUUCUUACCUUUAGAGGAAUGUUGGUUAAGCAUCUAAUACCUGAAAACUGUUGGAGUUGAUUUAUUUGUGUUUUUGCAACUGCGGAUAAAAUAUGUUAAAAAAAAAUAAUAACAAAUGACCAAAAUGGUAAAAUCCUAUCCGAACACGAAACCUAGAAACACCAAAGCAUAGAAUCAAGAGAUAAUUAACGAUGAUUCAUUUUGACCACUAUAACUUAAAUUAUAAUGUAAACAAAAAGCUUUUUUUUUUAGAAAAAGUAAAUUUUCGAAUUUGAUAGCCCAUGGAAGGAGUCUGCUCAAAUUGUGUACUCAUCCAUCCUAAAUCAGUUGUAACUCUCCACAAUAAUUUCUUGUUCAAUUGCCAUAAAUUAGAUACAAAUGAUUACUACACAUUUAUGUCAAGUCCUUUUCUUGUGACUACCGAUAACUAUUGCCAUUUGUCUUAUGUAGAAGUAUUAUUCCACGUUUAACAGAA